AAACUUGUUUGGUAGGUUUCCUUUUCCUCCCAUAGUGUCAGUAUCAGCAGCAGAAGGAAGAAGUCCAGACCCUGGAGUUUCAUCCUCAAGACGAUCCCUCACAUGGCGCUCUGUAAAUUCUUUCCUCUGGUUCUGGUGGGGGUUGUGGUGUUUGCUGUGAGUGGGAUCAUUGGAGACCCUCUGUACGAGUGCCUCCAAGACACAGACUACGGCGAGCUUCUCGACAUUGUGGAUAAAGGCCUUCCUACCGCCAAGACACCUCGUCACGUGGCGAUCAUCGGUGGGGGCAUCGCCGGACUGACCGCCGCAAAGUUUUUGGAAGAUGCUGGCCAUAAGGUGACCAUAAUAGAGGCGAGCAACCGUAUUGGAGGACGUGUGGAGACCUUCAGGAACAGAAGAGAGGGCUGGUACGCAGAAGUCGGCGCCAUGAGGAUCCCCAGCUUUCAUAAGAUUCUGCUUUCCUUUGCCUCUAAAUUAAAAAUUUCCCUAAACCACUUCAUCCAAGACGACAUCAACACCUACUAUUUGGUAAACGGAGUGCUACAGAAAACCUAUGCUGUUGAAAACAACCCCGAUGUGCUCAACUACACUGUGACUGACAGAGAGAGGGGGAUGUCAGCAGCUAAGCUCUUCAGUCAGGCGCUGUGGAAGGUGAGGGAUGACCUCAAGAUCAUCGGCUGCAGUGCCAUGCUGGAUAAAUACGACUCCUACACGGUGAAGGAAUAUCUGGUGAAGGAGGGCAACCUGAGUCGUGGCGCCUUGAGGAUGAUCGGGGACCUCCUGAAUGAAAACAGCCUCUUCUACACGUCACUGAUAGAGAUGCUGUACAUACAGUCAGACAUCAACGACAACACUGAGUACUUUGAAGUGACAGACGGCUUUGACCACCUCCCCAGGGCUUUCUACCAGGUGCUAAACGCCACCAUCCUUCUCAACUCCAAGGUGAAGCUGAUCAACCAAACAGGCAGCAACAAUGUAACCGUAACAUACCAGGACUGGCACAAUUCAGGAACCCUGACCAACCUAACGGUGGACUACGCACUGGUUACAGCCACGGCCAAAGCCACCCUCUUCAUCAACUUCCAGCCCCCUCUCUCCGGGAACAAGAUGGAGGCGCUGCGCUCGGUUCAUUACGCCAGCUCCACCAAGGUGGUGCUCAGCUUCAAGGAGCGCUUCUGGGAGAAAGAGGGCAUCAGAGGAGGGAAGAGCAUCACUGACCGCCCCUCUCGCUUCAUCUACUACCCCAGCCACAGCUUCCCUGGUACGGCUGCAGGGGCCCUCCUGGCGUCUUACACCUGCUCUGACGACUCCACCCUCUUCCAAGGGAUGAGCGAGGAGGAGCUGAUGGCUGUGGUCCUGGAGGACUUAAUCCAGAUCCACGGAGAGGUGAUAAGGGAUCUGUGUACAGGGGGGAUGGUGAAGAAGUGGGGUUUGGAUCCCUACAGUCUGGGAGCCUUCGCCCUGUUCACGCCAUACCAGGGACACUAUGCCCAAGAGCUGUUCCAGAGGGAGGGGCUGGUCUACUUUGCAGGGGAACACACAGCCACACCUCAUGGGUGGAUUGAAACUGCCAUGAAGUCUGCACUGAGGGCAGCUAAAAAUAUUAACAGCCUGACACUGUAGUCCUGUAAAAUAUAUAUAUAUUUAAAUAUGUUCCAACAUGUUCAGUCUUAUAGGAUUUGUCUGACACAUUGUUUAGCUGUAUAUCUGGUGUCCGGUCUGUCAGUGUCAACCCACUUAUGUCAUAUUUAUUGAUCCAGGUAUUUAGGUAUGACUAUUGGCAGCCCCCAACUGACAUUUUGAUCAGAUAAGCAUUAAUGCAAAAGUAAUUAUUAGCCCCAUGCAGGGUUUUACUUUGAUAUUUUAGAGGAUAUUCAAUGAUUUUCUGCCAGAAUAAAACAACAAUUAGAGCUGCGAGUAACAAACACUAAUUUUCAGAACCUUCUCAGUGAAACAAUCUUUGUUUUUGGUUUAUAAUAGUGAAAAAAGAAUAACAUAAUUUUCCAGAACCUAAGGUGAUGUAUAAAAGCUGCUGUUCACAACCUCAAUAUAUUCAGUUUACUAUCAUUUAAAACAAAGAAAAGUAGUAAAUCUUUGCAUUUGAGAAGCUGGACCAGCAAAUGUUUGUUCAUUUUUUUACUGCAAAGUGACUCAUAAGUUUUCAAAAUAGUUGCUGAUUAAUUUUAUGUUAAUCAACCAAUCGAUUAACUGUCUCAUCAGUUCAGAUCUACACCAAAUACAUCAGCAGCAUCACAAAAUACUGGCUUUUGUUUUGAUUGACCAAGAUGAAAUGAGUUACAUCAAGGUUUAUUCUGUCUGUUCCAACAUUUCAUGUCUUUCAUUUCUGUCUUUUUUUACUUAGUGUCAGCUGCUUUAUAUUUCACUCACUUAAAAUUUACUUUACG